CGGUAGUGUCUGUAUAAACUGUCCAGAGUAUUUACUGAUUAAAUCCUGGAUGUAACAGCCUCAUUAACAAAACGCUCUAGGUCGAGCAAUAAAUGUCUCGGAAUCAUUAUCAGUUGAAAUUGAGAAAUUAAGUUAUCGAAUCAUAAGACGUAAGAGAGCACGUUUGACAACGACAUGUUGUAGACUUAUCAUAUUGCAAUAGUUAAUUGUUGAGUUUUCUAUGAUAAGACUUUUGUUUGACAUUAUGUGCUGCAUUUUAACAACCAUUCUGAUAACGAGUGUAUGGAUAUUACAUAACGUGACAGGUUGUGGUGAUGAGAUGCAGCAAUAUUGUUUGUCGAGGUUCCAUGACGUGCCCGAGGAGGACAUGACGCAAGAACAAAGGUUGUUGUACCGAUUGAUGAAGUCAUAUGACAGAGCGUCUCGUCCAGUGUUUGACGCAAAACAACCCGUGCUUAUAAAGUUAGGUAUCAGCCUAACUCAAGUUCUUGAUGUGGAUGAGAAAAAUCAAGUUCUUACGACAAAUGUUUGGCUAGACCAGGAAUGGUAUGAUGAAAGGCUGGUAUGGACAAACGUGUCAGAGUUUGCUGACAUCAACAUACUGCGCAUACCAUGUGAUCUCAUAUGGCUGCCAGAUAUAAUACUGUACAAUAGCGUCGACAAUCACAACAAAGGUUAUAUGAAAAGUCUAGCAAUGGUGCAGAAAACUGGUCAUGUCUUUUGGCCACCAAUCGUGCGCAUGCGCAGCUCAUGUAAAAUGGAUAUCACAUUUUUUCCAUUUGAUGAUCAAAUUUGUAAAAUGAAGCUUGGAUCCUGGGCGUAUGAUGGAUUUCAGGUUGAUGUCAGUAACCGAAGUCUUGAGAUAGAUUUAACAAAUUUCGUUGACAAUGGUGAAUGGACACUGAUAAAUACCAAAGUUCAACGAAACGUCAUUUAUUACCCAUGUUGCCCGGAACCAUUUCCUGACGUGACGUUUUACGUUCAGUUACGCCGACGUGUGCUGUACUAUUUCCUGAACGUUAUCAUACCCUGUAUGUUAUUAUCAUCAUUGACAUUAACGGGCUUUCUUUUGCCACCAGACAGUGGUGAAAAAAUUACACUUGGACUUACAGUGCUUCUAGCUUUUUCUGUGUUUAUGCUACUCAUAGCCGAAAAUAUGCCACCUACAUCCGAAUACAUUCCUUUAAUAGGAAUAUAUCUGACUAUUAUUAUGGCUAUGAGUGCAUUGUCGGUUGUUUUUUCUGUAUUUGUUCUUAAUUUUCACCACAAACGGAGUGGAUCAGUUCCUCCAGCACCUUGGAUAAAAGCUAUUGCACACUGUGCGUCAAUCCUGACGUGCACAACGUUAACGUUUAAUAGUGACGUAUCUAUAGGUACCAAAUUUCAGAGAAAUACACAAAGAGAGCACAAUGUUGCGGAAUACAAUUUGAUUAAUGUUAAUCAAGAAGAAGAAACCGAGACCUGUGAUCAUUUAAUGGACAUCCACACGAACACACAGUGUUCGGAGAAUCACAGGGGCGUAAAAAAUUCAAAUAAUAAUACAAAUGGAAGAUCACACUUGCCAAUAGUAGAAAACAUCUUGGCAGAUUAUGUAAACAAAGUGUUAUCUGGAUAUGACAGAUUGAGAGAGGAUAAUCAAGUGAUGAGUAACUGGAAAGAAAUAGCUAGAGUGUUUGAUAGGGUACUGUUUGUCUUGUUUGCCUUGAUUACCGCCAGUUCAACUGUAGUUCUACUUGUUAUUUGUCCUAUGACUAAAGAGAUUACUAUCGAAGACUUUAUGAACGAGAAUUGAAAUCAAGGAUUAUCAUUUACAAAGAGAGAUUUUUUUAUUUCACUCAUUUUGGUAUUAUUAUUUAUAAAAAAAUAUUUUGUUUGAUUGAAACAAUUGAUAUAAAUA